GUUCCCACAUGAGCAUCCAUAUUGGACACAAACAGUUUAUGUGCCAGUGGAGUGGGAAAGCUUUUAAUAUGAAACAGUACUUUGAUGAGCACAUGAAAACGCACACUGGAGAGAAGCCUUUUAUUUGUGAAAUCUGUGGCAAAAGUUUCACCAGUCGCCCAAACAUGAAGAGACAUCGCAGAACUCACACAGGGGAGAAGCCGUAUCCGUGUGAUGUGUGUGGCCAGCGAUUCCGUUUCUCCAAUAUGCUUAAGGCACACAAGGAAAAGUGCUUCCGUGUUACCAGUCCUGUUAAUGUGCCACCCUCUGCCCAGAUCUCACUUGCCACAACGUCAUCUGCCACCACUGUAUCUUCUGUUGCAAACACACCAAAUCCACUUGCUCCCACUUCAGCAAUCAAUAUGAAUCCAGCGAGCACGCUUCCUCCUCGCCCAAUUGGCCAUCCAUAUUCUCAUCUGCAUCUUCAUUCACAUCAUCAACAUCAUCUUCCAGUCCCUGUCCCUCCAGUCCCUCAUUUGCCUCCACCUCCUGCUCUAUUUAAGAGUGAGCCUUUAAAUCAUAGGGGCCAAGGUGAGGACAGUUUUCUGCGACACCUAGCAGAAAAAAACAGUUCAGUGCAGCACCACUAACUGCUUUGUCUUCUGCCUGCCAUUCUCCUGGUCUUAACCUGGGAUUGUGCAGCCCCCUAAGAAAAGGUACCAUUGUGACCCCAAGUGAAUUUGCAUUAAACUUAGUUGUUCAGCAAAGUGACUAUCCAACCUAGGGGAACCAAUAGGACAGAUACCCAAUUUGACUUGCAUGUUUUACUGUUGACUUUUAUAAAUUUCAAAAGGACAGAGAAUUGUGGAUUUUUUUAUAAUUUCAUAUCAGCUAAUGAGGUAUGCUUGCUUUUGUAUUCUGGAUUUUCUCCUCAAAUUGGGGAUGAAUCUGGUUUCCUUUGUACUAAUCAGAAAGACUGUGAGACUAAAUCCCAGAGCAUUAAUGAUCACUGUGUAUUGUUAAUUUCUUUUCUGCUCUGUAUGUGUGUGUGAGAGAGAGUUUGUGUGGGUGUGGGUGUGCUGGUUAUGGAGUGAACCAGCCACACGAUUGCAGAAUAUGAAGCAUAGGAAAAACAACAACAAUAGUAAACAGAUUUUAAUCUCAUUUGAAUAGUUCUCCUAACACACUCUUUAUUUUAUUAUAAAAAUUAUUUUAGAGUUUUUGUAUAGACCUAUUUAGUAGCCUGUUUCUAAAAUGAAAUGUAUUUCGAAUAAGCGAUGUAAUUUUUUUCAGUGUAGCUGGACCUAUGUUGUUACAAUAGAUAAUUUUUAUAAUCAUUCAAAUGUGAUUCUUUUAAGAAAAAAGAUGCAAAUAGCUUCUAUAGUAAAAAUUAUUCUUACAUCUGUACUGCUCUAAAAAGGUGCUUUGGCGUAUAAAGGAAGAAGCCCAAGAAGUCUCUUGUAAAGCUGCCUCAGAAGUGGAGAUAAUUUGAGAACUUUAUAUAACUUAUUUGUAAGGGGAGGGGAAUUUUUACUGUGAGACAUAUCUUCUUUCCAUGUCACUUGAGGGCGAUUAGAUAAGGACCUUGAACUACUGUAUGCCCCAAAAUUUCACUUCUGUUAUACUGAAUCAUGAAACAUUUCAGAAAGGAUUUCUCUUAGAUAGAGUGAAAAUUGCACAUGAGGAACAGUCUCAACCAAAUAUGGUUUCAAACAUAGUAUGCUAUCUUAUCACGGGCAUACCUUAGAACCUAGUUCAUUAUAGAGACGUGUUUAAGGUAUGAGUUAAAUUGGGACCGAUUUGAUGCUGCUUGUUUUUUCUUAAGUUUGUUAAGCGAUAAGCAAGGGAACUGCAAACUAAAUGCAAUUUAGUUGGAUCUGUAAAAAUUAAACCUGAAUUAGGCAAACGUGUGUGAAAACCAUUGUCAAAAUGGCUGAAAAAAUGAAUAUCAUGGAAUAUGUGCAUACGCUAAAGUUGUGUAAAGGAUAGAUAGUACUGAUUAUAGGGGAUAAUGUCUUUCAGGUUUGACCAUGUUCCACAGAUAAAUGGAAAGAAAUGUUGAAUGUUAAGCAAGUUGGUAAUUGUAUUUUUCUCAGUCUGCAACGGGUCUAAGUUGUGACAAAUAAAAUCAUAGUAAUUAACUUUGGAUAAAGUACAGCACCAUUUAAGGAUCUACUUAGUACCUUGAGGAGAAGGCAUAGAAAUUCCUUUAUACUUAGAAUCUAAAUUUUUCUAAGUUUAAUUUUCAUGCUCAAAGACCAUCAUGCUGAUUCCUAGGAUAUUAUUCUGCCUUGAAAAUUAGACUUUAAGUUUAAUUUAGAAAGGAAUAUUACCUUGGAUGAAACGGAAAGCCCUUGUUAUUCAUUCCCUUAGGCUGCUGGUUGUGUUUCCGCCUUUUAUUAACUUUGCAUUAAAAAUAAAAUAGCUGACUUUUCGGUAUCUAUUCAUAUUUGACUGAAAACUUCUUAACUCCUUUUUCUGAAGAAAAAAAAAGUAUUUUUAAAAUGUUGUGGUAACAUUUAUUUGUUCCUUCUCCUUUUUUAGGCAAUAAAGCUAACUAUAAAAAUGAUAAUAUUUAACAGUUCACUAUCAUCUACUAUCUUGAUUGGUUUUAUACAUUCCAUGUCAUCUUGUAAAAUUGCAGUUCUGUAUAGAAUGCCACAGGCCAACAAUGUGGCCUGUAAAAUCCACUGUUCCAAAUUUAAAGGAAAAAGUCACACCUGAUAAAUCAAUUGUAAUCCAAUUUGCAAAAAGAAUUUUUUCAAUAAAUUUACAGUAUUUGGCUGCUAUUUAUGAAUCCUACUACUUGAGAGGAGUGUAUUUCUGUGCUCUCUGUUCUAAAAGUUAACAUCAUUCAUUUCAGAGCUGUGAACGAGUAAAGGGAACUAGAAAAAUGAGUCAAGUACCAUUGAAGUUUCUUCAUUCUUGUGUGGAUGAAUUUGCAUCUAUCCUAUUGCAAUAUUUAAGACUUCUUUUUAGAAAUAAUUUGGUUCAUUGCAAUGUCAUCCCUGUAAUCACAAUCAUUAAUGAGUAUGAACUGAUAGAGGUCUGCACUUUUGUCUUUAUGCAAUGUUAUAGAAUACUUUUCAUUUUCAUUUUAAAAAUAUUUUCAAAACACAAACAUCAUAAAUGUGUAGCCAUUCAGAAUCCAUUUCAAAUAUGUGGUACGUAAAUGUGUCAUUCUUAGCAUUAGUUUUGACUGAAUUUGUCAAGCACUUCACAAAAUUGCAAUGCAUAUUGAAGUUAAAUAUGACAUUGUGUAGCUCUUCAGAGACACAUACAAUUUCAACAUAUUAACAGUUGUGAAUUUCUAUUCAUUUGCUAGUCAGUGACUGUAAUAAAAAGGCCUAUUUAUUCUAUUAGUUUGUUUUUAUACUUGCAUUUUAGUAAUUAAUCCCAAAGGAGGAUCUAAAAAUCAAGCAAGAACAUUGAUUUUUUCAAGGGCUAAUGAAUUGUUUUUAAACUGCUGUAAGAUGAUUGAUUUUGAUACUAGAAUACAGCAUAUGUGACUCCCUCUCCAGAAAAAUGAUACUUAAACCAACCCCCUGAAAGACUAAAAAAGGCAAUUGUACAAAGUUGUAAGAACUAUUGUUCAGUUCAAUUCAUAACAGCAAAAGAAAAUCAACUUAUUUUCUUCCCAUUACUGUAUAGAUAGUCCUCAAAACAAUUUAGUGACCAUUCAAAAUUACAGUGGUGCUGAAAAAUGUGAUUUACAAACCAGUUCUUAUACUUACGGCUGUUGUAGCCGUUGCAGCAUCCUUUUGGUCAUGUGAUCAAAAUUUGGACACUAGGCAAUCAAUAUAUAUUUAUGAUGGUUGCAGCCUCCCAGAGUCAGGUAAUCCCUAUUUGCAGCUUUCCUACCCACUUGAGACCAAAGUCAGUGGGCAAAGCUGGACUUAAUCAUAUGAUUCACUUAAUCACAGUAAUUUACUUAAAGAUCACAGCAUAAAAUUGGAUGCAACACUUAAAAAACCACUUCACAUAGUGACAGAAAUUACAGUACCAAUUGUUAUUGCUAAUCGAGGAUUACCUGAUAUUAAAAUAUGCUUGAUUUGGAAAUAAAUCUUUACUCUGGCAAUACAAGUAUUGCCUUGUUAUAUAUCUUGUAUGAUUUGAAGAUUUGAUGGUUGGAUUUAAUUUUAAUUUCACAAUGAGUGAAACAGUAAGGAAUAUUCCUUUGCUGAUUUGCCUUAGUGGAAUAUUUAACAUUCUCCAAAAACUAAAGCAAUGGAAACAAGAACAACAAAAGAAAUCAAACUGUGGAAACUUUUCUCUCACAUUCUUCCUUUACCAUGAGUUGUCUGUAAAGUUGAUAUUUUUCUACUUACCAAUCAACUUAGAUUCUUGAAUGAGAAUGAAUGAAUGAAUGCUCUUAACAGUUUGAUUUUCAAGGUGGCAACAGAUGGCAUUUUAAUAAGGUUGAAGAACAGAUUGGAGAGGUGAGUUAACAAUGACAUGUUACAAUUUUGUCAGUGUAUUGUAGCAUAAAUAGAUCAUGUGCAUGCUUAAAAGGAGAAUUGUACAGUGUUCUGAGGUAGGUGGGUUUUUGCAUAAAUAAUGAUGGGUAAGAACUUUAGUACAAAUGUCAACAUACAUGUUGGCUGCGACUGCAAACAAAUUUGCAAAAAUUAGAAACUCUCUGCUAUGCUGUUUUCUGACACGAAGUCUGUUUGCUUUGGCAGGUCUGCUAUGUAGUGCUGAAUGCAUUCCCUGUUCUUUCUAAUAAUUCAUAUAUCUCCCUAAACAAAUAAAGUGUAAACAUUCUUCUACAAACUUAGAAAAAAUGUUUUUCUCAUUCACUAUAGUUUUAUAUUUUUCCAGAUGAAAGAAUUUCUUUGAAUUAAUUAUUUGCAUACUAACAACCUUUCUGUAGUGACCUUCUUAAUUAAAUAUGUAUUCCUCUAUAACGUAUCUUAAGUGAAAUGGAAUAAGUUAAAUUCACAGUCAUAGUCUGUUGGACAUAUGUAAUAUUUCUUUUUGCUCAGUUAAUAUAAAUUAUUUCUGCUAAUGUUAUUUUCUGUUCUGACAGGCUGAAUUAGAUGCUAAACUACUCUUUACCACUGCUACCCUGCAUGCAAAUGAAAAUCUAAUGUCCAUUUAGCCACCUAAAAUCAAAACUGAUUCAAAGGCAAAAACAAAAACUAGGUAGCAAAUGAGCAUGAGUUGCUUGAGUAUUUUUGUUCUUUUUCAUUUUUGUUGUAUUAACUUUGCUGUACUUCCUUGAAUCAUCUGACUCUUGAUGACUGCAUGAAUAUAUCUGUAUAGGUUUUGUUUGACAAUGAAUUCUGAAAUGACUUGCUAUUGUCUUUUCAUUGUGCUAAUUUACACUUUGUAGAGAUUUGCAAUAUUGCUAUAAUGUUGUUAGGAGAACAAAAUAUUUCAGAAAGUAGAGGUAGGCACUGGGAAGGCACAUCGUUGAAGUCUCAUAAAGUGGCAGCGGCUCAGUGAGGAGAUCUGAAGUUUCAUCAGUCUUCCCUGAUGAAAUAUGUGGGUGGGACAGAUAUCUUAGGAAAUAGGCAGUUCCAUUAAUAAUCUGAAAUUGGGUGUUGAACAGCACCUUUAAUUGCAUCUGAAAGCCUAUGGGGAAUAGGUGCAGCUUGUAAAAUGGAUAUAUCAUGUGGCCAUAACAGGAAAUACCCAUAAUUAGCUAUACAACCACAUACUGGAUUAUCUUCUAAAGUAGUUUAAUUGGGGGUGGAGGGGUGGACUAGAUAGAUUUUUUUUGUAAGAUGGACAAGAGUAUAUGGAACACUAGUGCAGUGCUUUUUCCCUGAAAAGGAAGCUUUUCUGUUGUUGACUGGAAUGUGUUAUACAUAUACACUGUAUUGUUUUAUAAAAAAGUUUGUCUUCUGCUUGGCACUGUUAAAACCUGGAGCAGAGAGGCCAUCUUAAUCCCUACUGAGAAAGAAUACUUAAGAACUUACAUGCAAAUUUAAUUGGAUUUAAAACAAUAAGAAAAAAGAUGCAUUUAUGAAGCAGUUUUUGAAAUGAAAAGAAACAGGACCAUCUUA